UUUCGAUUUAUUAAAUGAGAACUUCAGAAAAUAAUGUAAAACACGAAAAAAAUCGGAAUCCACAUCUCCCGAAACGUAUCAAGCUUUUUUUUUGUCAAAAUAACUGGAUGUUUGUAGGCACCUCUAUGUGAAAUGAUAAAAAAGAAGUUCAAGUUCAAUCAAUUCCGGCUACCGGUGAUAACAUUGCUAACGGAUAAAACGAAAGUUGUUCGUCUUCAGAACAAAAUGGAUUUUGAAGGUAAAGUAGUUCUUAUUACGGGAGCGUCCUCCGGUAUCGGCGAAGGAACGGCGAAAUAUUUUGCCAAACUAGGCGCCUCCCUGGCAUUGAGUGGCAGAAAUGUGGAAAACCUUAAUAAAGUAGGAGCUGUUUGCGAGGAAAUUUCCAAGCGAAAACCGCUCCUGUUGGUAGCCGAUAUAACCAAAGAAGAGGAUAACCAGCGGAUCAUCGAUGAAACCGUUACCCAGCUUGGCAAACUCGACGUAUUGGUGAACAAUGCCGGAAUCCUUGCCAAUGGCAGUAUCGAAAAUACAAGUUUGGAACAAUACGACGUAAUCAUGAAUACGAAUGUUCGAGCCGUUUACCACUUGACGAUGCUGGCCGUGCCGCAUUUGAUAAAAACCAAGGGUAAUAUCGUCAACUUGAGUAGCGUUGCCGGAAAUCGAUCGUUUCCAGGCAUUCUGGCCUACGGGAUGUCUAAAGCUGCAAUCGAUCAGUUUACAAGGUGUACAGCUUUGGAGUUGGCACCGAAACAAGUGCGAGUGAACGCCGUUAAUCCGGGCGUGAUCAUCACCGAUAUCCACAAACGUGGUGGCAUGGAUGAGCAAGCGUAUGCGGCAUUUUUGGAAAAAUGUAAGCAGACGCACGCCCUGGGUCGCCCGGGACUUCCUGAAGAAGUAGCAGCCACCAUUGCAUUUUUGGCAUCAGAUUGUGCCAGUUUCAUCACCGGUGUCACAUUGAACGUGGAUGGAGGCCGACAUGCCAUGUGCCCCCGAUAAACGCCAGCAAAGGAUGGCUCACUUGUUCUGUGCCUUGAUUUUUCGGCGAGAGAUUAUAAAAAACCGAAUUUGUUUGAAUUUGUGAGAUAAUUACGCAAAAUUUAUUGUGGAAAGACUAUGUUAUUUUUGUUGAUUCGAAAGCC